GACGGCCCGGAUGACUACUACACUAUUAAGGACAGUGACCCCAGGUUUGUGGCUGCCAACGCUGGCACGGAUGACUACUACACUAUUAAGGACAGUGACCUCACGUUUGUGGCUGCCAACGCUGAGGAUGAUGCAUGCAGUUUGGAGGUACAUCUACAUGAUACCCAGCAAGGCGGGAU